AUGCCCAAAAAACGGUGCGUUUUUACUCCACAAUUAAAAUUAGAAUUUCCUUUUUUACAAGAUGCUGACGAAGUAGGAAAAAUAUUUUGUACCAUAAGUAAGUCAGUGUUUCCUAUAGAACAUGGUGGACGUUCAGACAUAACACAACAUGUUACAAAAGUAAAAAAACAUUUACUGGCAUUAUCAGCUGCAUCAAAACACGAAAAGGUAACUUCUUUUUUUUUUAAAAAUGAUCCGAGUGGGUCCACUGACGAAAGUAGACGUACUGCAGCACAAGAAGGGAUAUUCGCAUUUCAUACCGUGAUACACAAUCACUUAUUUCGAUCAAUGAACUGCACAUCAUCUCUUUUAAAACAAAUGUAUAAUAAAAAAUUUACAUGUGCGAGAACUAAGGCUGAAUCGAUUGUUUUAAAUGUGUUAGCUCCUUUCACCAUGCAACAAAUUUGUAAGGAAAUAGAAAAUAUAAAUUUUGCUACAAUUAUGAUAGAUACUUCUAACCAUAAGAACCUAAAAAUCGUACCAAUUUUAAUACGUUAUUUCAAACCAAAUUCGGGAAUACAAAUCAAAGUUUUUGAAGUAACAAAUUUAAAAGGAGAAACAGCAAAUAUUUUAGCAACUUAUAUAAUUGAAAGUUUAAAAAGCAUAAGUUGUCAGAUAAAAUUGUUGCAUUUUCUGGAGAUAAUUGCAAUACUAACUUUGGAGGUGUUUUAA